AUGGAAGAUGGAACCUCCGGCAAUCCAACCAAGUCCGAACCUGUGAACGAAGUGGUCAAGGAAGUCAAGGAAGCGGAGACUCAACACCGAGGCAAGAAGUCCUGUGCAACCAGGGAUUUGACGGAAACUGAGUAUCGCAAGGUGUUGAAGUAUUCCGACUACAAGCCGCAUCCAGACUUCCCUUUUGCGCUAAGUUGCAAGGUGCAUUGGUCCAAGAAUAUUUCGGAAGAACGACAAUGCCCUGACAAAAUCAUUCUUGGGUCGAUGUAUACCGACUUUUGUGCUAUGCUCGAAUUGGCGAAUUACAUGGAGGCUUCCUUCAACUACGGGUAUGGCGCCGCUGGUCGGGUAGAUGCAUUCCUCUUUACUACCGAAAGCGAUCCUAAGUUAGCUCCCAAGCACUGCAACACAGCCUACCGCAACAUUCCCAAGGCUGUCUUUUUGUCGGCUCCUUUUCUGGCUGUGGCGCUCCUCUUUGCUGGUGUUCUUGGGAGUAACAGCAUUCGGAAGGUUGCUGCAACUCUGGCAAGAGGCAUGGGUGCUACUGCUGACGAAGUUGACAUUCGAUGUCGCUGGAAGGCUCGCUUGUCUGGACGGGUUGUUGAUGCCUAG